AUGAAGCUCUCGACUACUCUACUCCAGGGCAUUGUGCUCGUUGUCGCGGUCGCUUGGGCGAGUCCUGUCCCUGUUUCGGUUGAUGGGGCUAUUCGAAUCCCUGUGAAGGCGGAUCCGGAUAGGCGGGAUGAGGGGUCUAUUAGAAUUCCUGUGAAGGGCGAUCCAGAUAAACGGGAUGAGGGGUCUAUUCGGAUUCCUGUGAAGGGUGAUCCAGACAAACGGGAUGAUGGGGCUAUUCGGAUUCCAGUCAAAGGCGAUCCAGAUAAACGCGAUGACGGCUCUAUUCGAAUCCCAGUCAAGGGCGAUCCCGAUAAACGUGACGAUGGUUCCAUUAGAAUCCCCGUGAAAGACGACCCAGCCAAACUCCAUUAG